AUGUGGUAUACCAGGAGAGAACAACCCAUCAGAAUUGGUCUGUGGUAUUCGUCUUUGGGACUUGGAAUUGCAGGAGGUGGAUUGCUAGGCUAUGGAAUUGGCCAGAUCAAGGGAUCUCUACCAAGCUGGAAAUACGAGUUUAUUAUCAUUGGGGCUCUUUGCAUUACUUGGGGCAUAGUUAUGCUCAUUGUGCUCCCCGACUCCCCAGUCUCCGCCCCUCUCUUGACCGUGGACCAGCGCAAACUGGCAGUUGAACGACUUCGCGAAAAUCAAACUGGAAUUGAAAACAGAAAUUUCAAACGAUACCAACUCAUUGAAGCCUUUACAGACGUCAAGGUUUUGUGCUUCUUCCUGAUUGCGCUCCUUCAAGCAAUCGUGAAUGGAGGAAUUACAAACUUUGGCACACUAAUUGUAAAAGGCUUCGGAUACACAACCUCCUUUGGCUUGCGAUUUGUGCCUAGCAGUGCUAAAGUGGGACGACUGAUCUGCUACUACUUAACAGGCUCUUACAACGCUUCCUUUGUGAUGCUUCUAUCUUUGACGACUGCAAAUAUUGCUGGACAUACCAAAAAGGUCACAAGCAGUGCUUGUCUUUUCGUCGGAUAUUGUGUUGGAAACAUCGCCGGUCCUUUCUUUUACAAGUCCGAUCAAGCUCCGGGUUAUUCUCUCGGUAUAUGGAGCAUGAUAGUCUCUCAUCUCCUGGAAGUGAUAGUGGUCAUAGUGCUGUGGAUCAUCCUGAAGCGGGAGAACCAGAGACGUGAUGAUUUGCAAAGCAGUACCAGCAGUGCUCAUGGUGACAAGACUAGCUUCGAUGCUGAUUUGGCAGCAUUCAGCGACAUUACAGACAAGGAAAACUCAAACUUCAGAUAUGUCUAUUGA